AUGAAUGUUGAAGACGGAACACAAGUAGAUUUUACUCAACCAACUGGAAAGAAUGAGGAAGCAACAAAAGAUCAAGUUGAACAUGGAACAAUGAACGUAGAAGAUGAAUUCAAUUCAAGCUUAUUUCAACAAAACAAUGGUGAUACUCAGUUGAUUAAUGAAAAUAAUUCAAGUACCCAUGAUGAUAUUUUGGAACAAAUAAAUGAUAAGGAGAAAGACACACAUACACACAAUGUUUAUUCACAAGAUACUCAAAAACCAGACAAUAUUAGUCAACCUAUUUUUAAUGAUCCUAUUUCCUUAAGUAGUGAAGAGAGUUCAUCUACUCAAAACUUAAAUUCAAACUUGAGUCAUGUAGAUGAAAUAAGAAACAAUGAUCUAAAUGGACCAACUCAAGCAGAUUAUCCAAUUGAAGAACCAUCAUCAUUAUCACAAUUAGAUCAAUCUUCACCAAAGAAAACCAAAGUCAAAGAAAAAGCACACAUACAUUACUCAAAUUUGGCAGAUACUCAAGUUAUCAAUAAAAAUCAUUCUACAUCAAUACUUGAAUCACUACCUGAUACUCAAAUUAUACCUCAAGUUAAUGAACACCUCCAACAGGGUUUAGUUGAUACCCAGGUUAUUCCUAAAGUACAUUCGCCAAGGAAACAAAAUGGUUUAAUGAAUCAAAAGUCUCCUAAAAAGUCCAAAAAACACAUUCAUCAUCAUGACGGUAUGAACAACAAUAAAACAAUCCCUACUACAGACGAUAUAACAAAUCAAACUAUACAUACAAUAGACGAUGAAAAUAAUACUCAACUUAAUCAAAGAUCAAUACGAGAAUUACCUCCAACUCAAAUGGAUCUAGCAGAUACUCAAAUCAUUAAUAACAAUCAAACGUCUCUGACUGAAGAACCAUCAUCAAUUAUAAAUAAUUUAUCAAUUUCUGAAAAGGAUAAUGAUGAUGAUGAAAAUAAUCCAUUUAUAGUUAAAAAUCCUAAUAAAACCAAAACAGACAAGAAUGAAGAUUUAUAUGAUUUUAAAUAUUUACAUUCUCAUAGACAAGUUAUAAAUACUCAAGAAGAACCAGAUACUUCUUUAUUUCAUAAUAAAUCUAAUAAAUCAAAGGGAACAAUUGAAGUUCAAACUGAUGAUGAAAAAGAUAUAAGUCAUGAUAUUGAAGAAGAAGAAGAAGAAGAGGAGGAGGAAGAUGAGGAAGAUGAGUUAAUGGAAGAAGCACUGGAAAAAGAAAAGGAAGAAUCAAAAGAAAUAGAAAAUGUUCAAGAAAAAGUACAAGAGGACGAAGAAGAAGAAUCGGAAGUCCCCAUAACGACCGAAUUAAAAGACCAUUUUGAAGAUAGUUUAAUUGCAUAUAGGAAACGACGAUUAUCACAUAGUCCAUUAAAAUUAAAAAGAAGUAAAACAUUAAACGAAAGUGAAGAUUCAAUUUUUGGAUUAAGAGGAAAUAAUAAUAACAGUAAUGGUAAAACUAAAAAUUUUUUUAAUAGACCUGAAUUAUUAAAAACUCCAGGUACUCAAAUUAGAAAUUAUUCUGAACCUUUAAUAUUUGCUUCACCAUUUGAUAAUAUUCAAUCAUCUUCUUCACCAAGUAAAAAAAUAGAAAACAUAAAUAAAUCAAUUAAUGUUGCUGAUCAACUGAUUAGAACUGAUGAAGACGAAAUUACAAUUGAUGAUGGUAAAAAUGUGGAUGUAAUUAAUGAUAAUAGUAAUGGCAUUGAGGAUGAAAAUGAAAAUGUGCAUGAUGAUACAAAUACUACUGAAUUUAUAGAUGAUGUUGAAGAAGGACUGUCACUGAAAAAUGAUGGCGGUGAAAGAUUAAUAAAUAAAAUAAAAAAUAGUAUAAGACAACAAACUCCUCCAAGUUCACCAUCUAAAAUUACAGAAGAAUUGAGUGAUAUAAAUGAAAAUGAUUAUGAUUAUGAUGAUUAUGAUGAUUAUGAAAACCAUGACCUGUAUAAUGUUGAAGAUGAUAAGACAGUUUUAGAAAUUCCAAUAAUUGCAAGAAGAAGAAGGAGGAAUAAUAUUAUUGAAUCUCAAUCAAAUGGAGAAGAUACAGCUAUAAUUGAUGAAGAUCAUGAAGAAGCAGAAGAGGAGCAAGCAGACGAUAACCAAAAUGAAGUAAUAACAGGUAUAUUACGAAAAGAAACAAAUGAUAUAAUAUAUACAUCAAAUAUAAAACACAAGGAAAGUGUUUGGGCAUCAUAUAAUUUAAAAAUGUAUACAGGUGAAAUAAUAACAAGAUAUUCACUGGAUUCAAUUAUAAAAUUUCAAAAUAAUGAAUCAUCAAAUAUUAAAAAUGAAGAUUUAAAUUAUUUAGAUAUUAGAAUUGGUGAUAAUGUAUAUAUUUUAGGUGAUUUAAAUUUAAAAUAUAUUGUUACUGGAUUAUCAAGAGAUGAGAGUUUAGUUGAUGAUAUAAAAUGUAUUAGAGGUUUCAAUUUAGUUUAUUUGAAAAAAUUGAAAAAAAAUUGGAAAUCUAAACAAUCUAAAGUUGAUAAAGAAAUUAUUAUACCUUUAUCUCAAUGUUGGAUGGAAUUAGAAGAUUGGAUGAUUCAUCAACAAAAAUUUCAAAUUUUAGAUAAUAGUGAAGAUGAUGGUAAAAUAGUAACAUCAACUCAAAUAACUUCAAAUUCUAUAGUAGGUGAUGAUAACAGUACUUUUGUUACUACCACCAAUAACAAAAGAAAUAAUUUUUUACCAACUACUCCAACUAAAUUAUCACGUCAUUCAUCAAAUAUAGAAAAUUUAAUUAAAUCAUUAACUCCAUCACCUUCAAAAAAUAAAAAAAAAAUAAAAUCACUGAUAUUUGUAGGAUAUAUUUUUUUCAUAACAAAUAUAAAUGAUGAUAGAAAAAAUGAUUUAAAAAAUAAGAUUGAAAUGAAUGGUGGAAUAUAUUUAGAUUGUGAUCUUUUUGAAAUAUUUAAUUAUGAAAGUCAAAAAGAAGGAGGAAUAUCAUUAAAAUUUAAAAAUUUUAUAAUUAAUGAUUUAAAAUUUGGUUGUCUUUUAUCAUCAAAUUAUUGUAGAAGUUCAAAAUAUUUACAAACAUUAUCAUUAAAUUGGCCAAUUUUAUCAGAUAGAUUUAUUGAUGAUUGUUUGCAGCACCAAAGUCUAAUAAGUCAAUGGGAAAUUUAUAUAUUACCUUCAGGUUUUUCAAAAUUUUUAAAUUGUAUUAAAUCAUUAAAUUUAGUUAAAUUUCAAAAUAAUUUUAAUAAUGGAGCUACAUUAAUUAAUCAAUUAUCACUAAAUUCAAAUUUAUUAAGGGAUUAUGAUAUUUUAAAUUUACAUAAUAAUUUAAAUUUAAAUUUUAAUAAUAGUAAAAUUGAAACUUGUGAAUUUAUUUUCCAUUCAUUUGGAGCAAAUUCUUUAAAUAAUUUAAUUUUAAAUAAAAAUGAUCAAGAAAAAGGAUUAUUAAAGUUGAAAUUAAAAUCUAUAAGUGAAUUAAAUCCUGAAAAUAAAAUUUUAAUUUAUGAUAAUGGAAAUUUAAAAAUUAAUUUAAAAGAUUAUUUAACUGAACAAUUAAAUUAUGAAGAAGAAUCAAAAAUAAUUAGUAGAAGAAUGACAACUAGAUCUAAACGAAUAGAAAAUGAACAAAGAGAUGAAUUAAAACAAAUUGAUAUAUAUAUAAUUGAUUGGGAAUGGGUUGUUCAAUGUGUUAUUAGUGGAUAUAUAUGGGAACCAAAUCAUAAAUUAAUUUUUAAAAUCUAG